GGAGAGGCAACAAAAAACACGACCUGACCUUCGACGCGGUCGCGGCGCUUUGGAGAGGUUGGUUGGACGCGGCGCGGCUGCUUAGGCUUCGCAGGCGUAGCGCACCGGACGCCAGGAUCAGUUGCUCGCCUACCACGCGCACGGAACCAUCGUCGGCUGCAAACAGCCCACCGGAAGGGAUCUAACGGCUACCAAGAAAAUGAUCACGGUUAGAGUCGGUGCCACGCACCUGCAGGCUGAACGCAAGCGGAACACGGGGUCGCCGUGGCCCUGGCUGCACGUCGGGCUGCUCGGGCUGAUUGUGCUCUGUGUCGUGGGCUCGCUGCUGACGCCAUGCGACGGUGCCGGUCGUCCCGCUUCCCUAGCGGACAGUCCAGUGUACUUCGGGGGCAUCGUGCCGGCGAACGGGCGCUUCGGCAAGAAGAUCCAACACUUUCCCAACACGGACCGCUCGCUGCAUCCUUUGCCGGCCAAGGAUCGCGAACUCCACCACGCAGAACGUGAUCGUGCCGAUGAUGCCUAGCACGACCAGUAUGAGCAGCUGCACGUGCAGCCCGCAGUACGAGGAGUA